AGGAAUAAAGCGGUUGUCGAGGAAGCAAAAAGAACAAAAAACAUUUAAACAAAGCGAAAUUUAAAAUUUAAAAAAUUAAAAAAAUCAUUUUAAAAUAUUUAUUUAUUUUAUGAUCAUUUAGUUUUCUUUUUUUUACGAGUUUCGGUGUAAUUUGUGCAUCCUGUGGUCCGCCUAGUUGAUUUUUGGCUGCCAUAUGGAAAAGCCGCAACGCACGUGCCGCGAAAACUUUUGCGCCAAAACUAGAAAUCCAGUGCCAUCGCCGCUGAUGUUGCCAGCGUCGCCGCCGUUGUCGCUCUAACUGCGAACGGACCGCCGAACCGCUGAACUGCUGAUCCGCUGAACCACGAGGCAAAAUGUCGUCGCAGCAACAUGAGGCAGCAGCCAACGCAGCAGCAGCAGCAGCAACAACAGCUCCGCAGAUUCCGCUGCAUCUGGAGAAGCCUAUGAAUCUGAACAAUGGCUACCUGCAGGCGAAUGUGCCGCUGGAGGAGCUGAGUGCCACGGUGGUGUCGCCGCUUUUGGGGCAACAGCAACAGGUGCUGCCACAUCAGGUGCAACAGCAACAGCAGCAGCAACAGCAACAGAACAAGUUGCCCACUGUCGUUUUCCUGGCGCCCGACGGCAGUGGCGGCGUGGGAAUCCAGCGCUGCAAUCCGACGAAUCCGGGGAAUCCCAAUUCCGGCGGGGCAUCCUCGGGGGCGGUAGCGGGGGCGGGGCACCACAGCGACUGGCUGCUCAAGGAGUCGCAGCAGCGACGCCGCCUGCUCGUCCUGGCCAUCGCCUUCACCGUCCUGGGAGCGGCCAUCGGGGCACUGGCCAUCUACUUCGCCAGCGUCCACCAGCGAUGCCAACUCUACCGCCUGGAACCAGGCAACGAUGACAGACCGACCGGCAGGUGGAGCCAGGACUCGGGAUCCGCCCACGAGGGUCUGGAGAACAUUUGCAUGACCCAGGAGUGCGUGAGAACAGCGGCCUCGCUGCUCUCGGCCAUGGACCUCAACUCGGAUCCCUGCGAGGACUUCUUCCAGUACGCCUGCGGCACCUGGAACAAGAUGCAUCCCAUUCCCGAGGACCGCAGCUCCAUCAGCACCUUUGAGGUCCUUUCCGAUCAGCAGCAGGUCAUCCUGCGGGCGGUGCUCGAGGAGCCCAUCGAUGAGAGGGACAACAGGGCCACCAUUAAGGCGAAGACCUUCUUCAAGAGCUGCAUGGAUAUACCCCAAAUCCGCAAGGUGGGAACCGGUCGACUGAGGGAGGUGCUGCGCUCCCUGGGCGGCUGGCCGGUCAUCGAAAAGGACUGGAGGCCGCCCGAGGAUCUCUCCGUGGAGCGGCUGAUGGGCCAGCUGCGGCUCAACUACAGCGAACCGGUGAUGAUCGAGCUGUAUGUGGGGGCCGAUGACAAGAACAGCUCGGUGAACAUCCUGCAGAUGGACCAGCUGCAGUACGCCCUGCCCUCGAGGGACUACUAUUUGAAGGAGAGCAGCGCCAACGAUCGCAGGGCCUAUCAUCGGUACAUGACGCAGGUUUCCCUGCUCCUGGGCGCAGAUCCCUCCACCGCAGCAGAGGAACUGGAGAAGGUGGUGCUGUUCGAGACGCAGCUGGUGAAUGCCUCGUUGCCGGAGGCGGAUCGCCACGACACGAGUCUCGUCUAUCGCAAGAUGUCGCUGCCGGAGCUGCAAGAUCUAGUGCCCGAGGUGCAGUGGCAGGAGUAUCUGCAGGCCGCUUUGGGGGCGGGUAUUCCGCUGCAGGAGGACGAACCGCUGGUCACCUACGGCCUGCAGUAUCUCACCGAAAUGGGAAAAAUCCUAGCACGCACCGAUCGUCGCGUGGUGCACAACUAUAUGCUGUGGCGCCUGGUCAUGUCCCUCAUGUCGCACAUGAUCGACGAGUAUCAAAGGGAGCGGGUGGAGUUCCGCAAGAUCCUCAUGGGCAUCCAGUCGGAGCGGACGCGAUGGUCGCAGUGCGUCGAGUGGACCAACAAGAAGCUGGGCGUGGCCGUGGGCGCACUGUUCAUCCGGGACAACUUCAAUCAGGAGAGCAAGGAGGUGGCCCUCGAGAUGAUACACACCAUACGGGCGGCCUUCAACGAGCUGCUGGCCGAGAACGAUUGGAUGGACGACGAGACGCGGGCGGUGGCCAAGGAGAAGGCGGACUCGAUGAACGAGCGGAUCGGCUAUCCGGAGCUCCUAACUAAUUCCACUGAGUUGGAGCAGGAGUAUGUGAAUCUGACCAUCGUUCCCGACAACUUCAUCAAUAAUGUGCUGAGCAUCCUGCAAUGGGAGUCCGAGAAGAUGCUGCGCCUCCUCCGCCAGCCGGUGGACAAGGAGAAGUGGACCACCGAGCCGGCGGUGGUGAAUGCCUUUUACAAUCCGAAUAAAAACGAUAUAGUAUUUCCCGCUGGCAUCCUGCAGCCGCUGUUCUACAGCCAGCACUUCCCCAAGUCCCUGAACUACGGCGGCAUCGGUGUGGUCAUUGGCCACGAGAUCACCCACGGAUUCGACGACAAGGGGCGGCAGUUCGACAAGAAGGGCAACAUGAUGCAGUGGUGGAACAACGCCACCAUCGAGGCCUUUCGGGAGCGGACGCAGUGCGUCAUCGAUCAGUACUCGCGCUACAAGAUCAACGAGGUGGACAUGUUCAUGGACGGUCGGAUGACGCAGGGCGAGAAUAUCGCCGAUAACGGCGGUCUCAAGCAGGCCUUUAGGGCCUACAAAAAAUGGGAGACAUUGCACGGCCGGGAGCAGCAGUUGCCCGGCUUGAACAUGACCCACGACCAGCUCUUCUUUCUCAACUACGCCCAAAUCUGGUGCGGAUCGAUGAGGCCGGAGGACGCUCUGACCAAGAUCCGGUCGGCGGUCCACUCGCCGGGCUUCGUCCGUGUCCUGGGGCCACUUUCGAAUUCGCGCGACUUCGCCAGCGCCUACAAGUGUCCGCUGGGCAGCACCAUGAAUCCGGCGGAAAAGUGCAGCGUGUGGUAGUCCGCCGUCGUUGCCGUCGAUGUUUUUUUUAUAUAUUUAUAUUGCAUACUAUAUAGUAUAUACAUCCCUAGGUACACACACAAUACGAGUACUGUAGUAGAUCACCUGCGGCCACAGACAACCACAAACAACAGCUGUUCUGUUACAAUUUUUUGUGUAGUUUCCUUUUUUUUUUUUUUUUACUCCGAUUGUUCUAGCGCAGCGAUGCAUAUAUGUACUUUAUACCUGGCUAUAUAGAUUUAUGGUGUGUUUGUAGCGGAAUAGCCCACAAAAAAAAGCGCCCUGAGACCGCACCUUUCACCAACCUCCUUACCGACAUUAUAUUCGUGAAUAAAGAACAAGUACGGAAA